AUGCCCGAAGUCGAAGCAGGAGACGCCCUCCCCGGAAUGGGUGCCGGCGGCGCCGCAGCCCCCAUCGCCGACAACGCCGAAGAAUUCGGCGUCAACGAGCCCAAAAAGGACCCUCUCGACGACGAAGAAGACUCUUCCGCCCAAGACCCGCUCCCACCCAAGAAAGACACAUCCUCGUCAAAGAAGCGCACAGAACCGCACCACGGGGCCACCUCACCCGAGCGCUCGCAGCUGGACCAAAAGUUCACAAAGCUAGAUAAAGACGAAGUGGAUAUCUCGACGUCGUCGAACAAGGGACAGGAGAUGGAUGCGAGGGCGCAGCGUGUGGCUGAUGCGGUGGGGAAGAGUAAGGGCGCGGGGGAUGAGGUUGUGAGGAAGAAUGGGGGGCACGCUGAUGUGGAGGAGUUGCAUGGCGCGACGAGUUUGGAGGGUGGGGAUCGGAGUAUGGAUGGGAAGAGCGGUGGGGCGAAGAAGGGCGGGCAGGAUGAGAAGAGUGGAAGUGGAGGUGGGAAGGGGGGUAAGGGUGAUGCGGAGGGUGUGGAAGCGCAUUUGGGGGAUAAGGUGCAGAGGGAGCAGGCUAAGAAGUUUGGUGUUAACCUUGAUAAUUAG